AUGCCUAGUAGUACGUCGACCAUCACUACCUCGACCAGCGAAGAAGAGCUUCUGGCUCCUUACGGUGUGUCUGAGCCGGUGGUCAUCAAUACGAUACAGGAGAAGAUGGAAAUCAUCAUCUACUUCAAGGAGAAGCUCAUGACUUUCCAAAGGAAAAGCACGGACGAUGUGGAUCAGGUGUUGAAACGGAUGCGACUGAGCAUGGAAAAGAAUUUGAAUAAAAAGAAGAAGAAACAACAGCAAAAGGCUGCGGCUGCGGUGGAGAUUCACAUUAAGUUCAUGGGCGAGCAGGGACGGCAAUUGGCGUCUUCUGAUGAGCCUACCCGAGAUGGAGAAGGGAAGUCGCUCACUUUGGGCGGCGUUGUUGCUGAUACGACGGAAGUGUGUAUAAACGGUCAGAUUUUCCCCGUGGCCCACAACAUUCCCAUGGUGGAGUCGAUUGCACUGAAAUUUUAUGUAUUUGCCCGAUAUCCGGUAUUCCCCCAAAUUGAAUGCAGCAACGUCGACUCGGACGAGCUGGUCUAUGAGUAUUAUGAUGAUAAAAACGGCAAGCUGCUUCACACUGGGAAGAUAUUUUUCCCCUCUGAUGAGCUGAUCGGCGAGAAGCUGAAGGUUGUGGCUUACCACAGCGAGUGGCCACACACGUCUCGAAAGGAGUCUAUCUCGAGCCGAUCAGUACUGCCGUCACCGAGUAUUGGCACCUUUAGAGAUCGCCGUUUGCCUGAAGCAUUGGAAUCUACUGAUUCUACUCAUCUGAGAGUGGCCAGUUUUAACGUUCUUGGCCAGCGACAUAUUCGUACCCCCUUGGAGCCUAUAUUCUACCAUGUGCGCGACUGCAAGGAAGUGGUAGAGUUCGAGUACCGCGCGCCGUUGAUAUUGAGGGAGUUGUUCGACGUGAAUGCGGACAUUGUAGCCUUCCAAGAAGCUGAUGCUCGGUUCAUAGAUACGGCGAGUGGCGCUCUGUCGUCGGAGUAUACCUUUUGGUUGGCCGAGGAUAAGGGUCGGGAAAGUGAGGGGAAUAAAGGGCGUCGUGGUGAAGGAUGCGGCCUUGCCUUUAAGAAGGCUCGCUUUGUGAAGAUAGGACAGAAGAUGCUCGAACUUGGCACGGAUGGUUUGCUGCAGGAGUUCACUCCUGAGGAGAUCGCUAUGCUCAAGGAGCGAUGGGCUGGGGUUGAUAUUUUCAAGGAUGUUUUUGACAACCUCGGUAUGAUUGGCCAACUACUCACGUUGAAGGAUAAGGCCACUUCCAAGUUGUAUAUUGCGUCCUAA